AUGUGCGACCACUGCAGAACUUACAAAUCAAUGCUGAAGGAAGGGGACAACGGUAAAACAUGUUAUCAGAUGGAGAUGUCAAAACCCAUCGGUAUGCAACCCAUCACCGUGCAACCUAUCAGCAUGCAGCCUAUCGCCAUGCAACCCAUGGCACCGACGAAGCAAUCAUUUACAAUUCGCAGCCGGAAUCUCGACGCCGAUUCGACGGGUUGCUGCUCGUGGAGGAAGACCUGCUGCGACGGGAUGUGUUGCAGGCACGUAGGCAAUUGCUGCGCGACAGGACUGGAGCCCCGAAUGGUCGAGAAACCGAUGCCUACUUACCCGACUUACCCCACUUAUCCAGUUAUGCAACCAACACCGAUGCCACCGCCUUACACGCCCCCCGCUUAUCCUUAUCCCUCCGUUGAAGUGCCUCGUAAGCGAUAUCCCCUACUUUUCGAGCCAUCCGCUUCGAAAUCAAUUACAUCUACGCUGUCGUUCCAUCCAAUCUAUUUUAUAAAUUUUGUAAGAAAUCUAAUUGGAAACAAUGUAUUUCUUCGUCCAGCACCCGAGGUAGCCGAAACGCCCGAGAGAGUGCCCUGCAGCCAGGAGAAGAAGCUGCCUCUGUGUUACGGGGGCGAUUGUCAAGAGAUGAACGAGUGCAAGAAUAAGGACAUCGUAAGCGAUUUGCCGAGGCAAUCCGAGCGGUAAAGGAAAUAUCGAACGAGGAUGACGACGAUGAUGAUGAUGAUGAUCGAAUCCACGUUCCAGGCAAGGGUCUAAAAAAUUGUUGCCAAAUUUGGAAGGAAAAUUAAUCAAGGAUUGUUCUAUUCUCUUUCUUGUGAAGCAGGAAACUUGGUCGCCGCCAUCCUCGCAGGUGGAUACACUUUGAAAAUGAAGUUUCCCGGAGGGGGAGAUGGAAUAAAAUAAAUUAUCUCGGUUUUCCGUUCAUUCGGGGGCAAAAAAGUUGGACAAAACAACCCCUCCCUGAAGAGAUAAAAAAAAAAGGAAAAAGAAACCACGAUUGUCCGUAGAAAAAGUUCAAAGAAGAAAAGUAAACGGAAGCAAAGCACGCGUUUACACCGUGACGAUAAAUAAUAACUUUAAUCCUCGCCACUUUAAUCUCUCAUCCGACCCAAAUCUUGACGGAGGAAAUUAGCAUUAUCAUCUUCUAUAAUUUCCCCCCUCGUUACUUUUAAGAAGUUCAAAUUUCGCGAAAUGUGAAGAAAACUUUUGUAACAAGAAUUCGGCGGAACGAAGAAUGUGAAUUGCGCGCCAAUCUCGUGAGAUGUUAUUAAACAGUGUGAAAAAAAGAUAAAAAAAAAAGGAAAAAGAAAAAAACGUGAAAAAUUAUUACUUAUUUCUUAGGCGAAACAUGGAAGAGCGUUACUUCGAAUGCUCGGUCGCCCACGCAAAGGGAUGAUUUAUAAAACGAUGAGAAUGAUGCGUCAUCGUUGACGUCUCAGACUCGAUCUACCAACGAUUUCACGAAUCUCUAACGAAUCUCUAACCGUUUCGAUAUAUAUACAUCGCAUCUUCCUAAUUUAUCUGUCGUGAAAAAUUGUCGAGAAGAAACAAAUACGGCCGCGUAAGGGAUAAUAGCUAUGUAAAACGAUCCUAAUAGUGAUCGUAAAACCAGUAGCCAGCCGGUUGGAUAAUCGUAAAGCGAGGCGUUGGUGAACGUGUGGGUGAACCCGAGCAAACGUUUUGCAAACAUUUUACAACCCUUCUUCUCUCCUCUCUCUCUCU